AUGUUCAACGUUUGCUUGGACAAUAUCAGUUGGAAUUGUGGCUUAGCCGACUGGGCAAGGCACGACUGCGUCGGGAUCGCGAGCACCGCCCAGUUCAUCAGGGCACACCCCGACUCGGUCUGGUUUUUGCCAAUCUGUGACGAAAAUCACUGGUUCCUGGGAAGGAUUGCUGUGAAACAUGGAGCCUGGUCCAUACACAAUUCACUUUCCUCGAGGAAGCUCACGGUCGCCGCUCUAACUUACGCUCUGGACGCACAAGUUUUCAAAGUACUUAAUCUCAACAUCGAUGUGAAUCACGGUACGACGACAAGGGCACCUUAA